CAAAAACUGACAACCGGACUUUGCAAAGGACUACAAUAAUUCAAUAUUGUUUUCAUCGGGAAAAGAAAAAUGCUUUUUUUCUUCCUUUUGGCUUCUGUAUCUCCGCUUCUUGUAAAAGCUGAUUGCCAUGGGAACCAGCUGAUGGCGGGAAAUGGAAUGAUACAAAGUGAAGGCUAUCCGGUGAACUACGGGAAUAAUCUGAACUGUUCAUGGACCAUCCGGGCGUCAGCGAUGGAGCAGGUUAUUCUCACAUUUAGUGACGUCAUGCUGGAAGACUGCGAGUUUUGUAACUGUGAUUACGUUCAGGUACUAGAUGGGCCUGACCCCUCCAGUCCAGUUAUUGGGACAUACUGUGGGGAGAAUCGUCGGCCGUUCUCUGUCAUGUCUUCGGGGGAGGCCCUCACCGUGGUGUUUGUGACGGAUGCCAGCAACGAGGAGGGGGGUUUGACUGGAUUCCGGGCCAACUACACAUCCAUACCCAAAUGCGGAGGGAACUAUGCAACGAUGAAUGGCACCAUAACGUCUCCGGCUGAUCUCAACAACAUGUAUCCAAACAACGCCGACUGUGUGUACCAGAUUACGGUUCCCGCCAUGUACACCAUCUUCCUGAAGGUGGACAGACUGAUUCUGCAGGACAAAUUUAUGGAGACCGGUUGUUCUGAUUUCCUAGAAGUGAAGGAGACAGCGAUGGGAACAGAUCUAGGAAAGUAUUGCGGGGAGAUGGACAGGUUCAGCGUGAUGACGUCACAAAACACCAUGUGGCUCAGGUUCUCCUCUGACAACACAACAACGUCACAAGGGUUUACCGUCCUUUGGGAUGUUAUAGAAAACACAAGGUAUUAUACAAACCCGACUGGAAUGAUAAGUUCCCCAAGCUUUGGCGGGAUGUACCCAUUCAAUGCCAACAUUACCUACACCAUCACGUUACCUGUAUUCAAACAAGUGUUCCUAAAGUUCUCGGUCUUUGAUUUGGAACCAGAGGUUGUGCAAGACGUGGCGAGCAUGCCGGGACAAAACUGCGCCGAUCUACUGGAGAUAUAUGAUUCUUCUGGCCGAUUGGAGUCUUACUGUGGGCUGAGGAACCCGUUUAGCAUUCUAUCGAUGAAUAACAGCAUAACUCUAAUGUUCAAGUCUAAUUUAGCAAUAAAUCGGCGAGGAUUCGUAGCAGAAUACGAAACAAUAGAAAGGAAUACUGUGUUCACGGAUUACAAUGGAUUAAUAACACCUCCCCAGUAUCAAGGGAUGUACGCACACAAUCUGGACAGCAACUACACAAUUACCAGGCCCCAGAACGAACCCAUCCUGCUAUCCAUACUCAAUUUCGAAGUCCAAGAACCCGUCAACGGCACAUGUCUGGAUUAUUUACAGAUAGGAACUGAGACAAUAUGCGGGGAACAGAACCCAAAGACCUACAUUUUCUACGGAUCGACGAGCUUUAGAUUCAAGUCGGAUUUUUUUCUAUCCGGUGCAGGAUUUCAAGCCCAGUACGACGUCUGUAACACGACCAUCAUGGAGGACUCUGGUGUUCUCCGCUCCCCGGGCUAUCCGGCGGUCACCUACGACAACAUCACCUGCAUCUACUCCCUCAGACAGUCCCAGCACAGAACGUUUGACAUAGACUUCACAAAAUUCGAUCUUCCCCCUAAAGUCAACGGAAUGUGUGACAACUACGUCAAAAUAACUGAUCCUCAUAGCGGAGACAUAGAAGUAGCGACCAUGGAGGGAGGGCAGAUGAUGAAGGAGACCAUGCUCUGUGGGAACAGAGCUCCUUUUAACGUCACAGUUCAAGCCAGGGAAAUCAGAAUUACUUAUGUCUCUGCCUCCAGCAACAACACAAUGGGUUUCAACUUGAAUUUUAAUAUUACUGACAUACCAACUACCACCACUCCAACCACAACCACUACCACUGGUACCACAUCCACAACGCAAGCCCCGCCCACAUCCUCAACACCAGGAGUGGGUGGACCUGGGACUAAUGACAAUACCACGUCAGCCAGCUUACCUAUCAUCAUUGCUAUCAUCGUCGUCAGUGUCCUGCUAUUCAUCGUUGCCGUUAUUUGCAUCGCAAAGUCAAAGAGUUCAAAAAAUGACUCUGAGAACUUGAAGAUCCUGUCAGUGCGCAGGACCCGACAGUCCUGCGCCGUACUGAACCCAAGCUACGAGUCAAACGAAGAGCUCAACCGAGGAGAACUCAAAUAGUAAUCCAUCAAUCUGGAGCGAUGCCCAGUUUACUAUAUGAAUUAUUGAUUUCUUCAUUGUACAUCAGUUUGUUGUGAUUUUGUCAUACAGUGUACACUGCGUAAUCGCCCAUUUAUUCAUUAGGGUCAACGCAUAAAGCCGUUCGACAAUGCAUCCGGAAUCAUAUUAUUUCCCCUAUUGUGCAAAGAUGAUCUUUUGUUUUGUUACCGUAUACUAGCUAGUAGAAACAAAAUGAUGAAUGCGUUAUUUGGAUUUAUGUUAUCUAUUUGGCAAUAACUGUGCUGCGCAUCCUGUUCAUAAUCGCAUUUAUUGUGAAUGACGUACAUGUACGUAAUCUGUACCGCGUACAACUCUACAACCUUCAGUGUACAAACCCAGUGUUUGCGCUGACAAUGCAUGUUUAUCCGGUGAGAAAGAUUUUGAAAAGUGUUCUAUUAUUUUGAAAUACAUGUAUAUGUAAAUUAAAUCUAGUAUAUUUUCAAGAUGUAUAUAUUUUUUAAAAAGUGUUCUCUAAAUAAUUUUGAAAUAUAUGUAAAUUAAAUCUGGUAUAUUUUCAAGAUGUAUAGUAAAUACUAGUAUUUUAAAUCUUAAUUAAAUUAUAAAUUGAUUUCCAAAAUUUGUGAAAUAAACUUUCUUCAAAUA